AUGGUUUUCACCGUGAACUUGUGUGAUCGCCUGGAUGCCGGCAGCUCUGUAAGCCAACAGGCUAGCCACUCAUCCAACGAGGGGCUUCGGGUGAUUCCACUCAAGGUGGUACGGAAAGACGACCCAAGGUUGGUCCAGAUGAGGAACAAGUUGUUCGACAAGUUGGCCAACAGGUAAGUAUUGAAUUGGAUGGUGCUUAAUGUGUAUUAAAAGUAGUACUUGACGUUUUGUAAAAGUUGGUAUUUGACAUGUAUAAUCGUAAAAAAGGGAUUGGCAUACAGUAGAAGGGUUUAUACUUAACACACAGUAUGACACGGUAAAUUUAGUACUGAAAAAACAGUACCAUACAGUAAAAAUAGUGCUGAUCAUACAGUAAAAUGCAAUAAAAGUGGUACUAAACAAACAAUACCACUUUUUAUCAGCAGCAAUCAGUUGUAAAUUGAAGUUGUACAACUUGUGUACGGGCGAAUUAUAACUGAUGAGAGAAUAACACUACUGAAUGUCACAGCUGACGACAUAAAGGCAUCGUAGAAGAAAAAAUGUCAUAAAUCCUCAUUUUUUGUCAUAUAAAUUAAAAAAUUUUUAAAAAUUUCAAAAUUUUGCAAAAAAACAAGUUCAUGUCAAGUAGCACCACAGAAUGUCAUAACCUCUUGUAAACUGUCAUCAAAUCUUGUAAAAUGUCAAAAACUUAUCUAAAACCUCAAAAACUCAUGUGAAAUAUUAAAAAUUUUAGGAACAUGUCCGCUAUGCCUUCUACCUCAUCGUUGACUGUUGAUGCUUUGAAAGAGCACAAUCGGGUAGAAACCCCAGAAACCCAAAAUGAUCGCCUGGAUACCUACUUCAAGAUGUUGGUCAAGGAAAAAAACAACCACAACAAACCGAAAAUUGCGUUGACGCCGGAUGCUACUAGCUUGUUGUUUAAUGAGGUGGGGGGUGUGAGGGGGUGACUGGAUUUUUUAAUUUUGAAGAUCUGUAAUUUGAGAAGCUUUAAAUUUAAAAUAUUUUGAAAUUUGUAUUUUUUUAAAAUUUGAAAUCAUUUUAAUUUCAAAAAUCCAAAAAAUCAUUUUUAAAAUUUUAUAGCGUGACGAAAAGGAAGCCCCCCCGGUUGAUCAAGAUCUUCCCCGUCUCGACCCAUGAACGGCCGUUUUACUUCUCAGGCCUUACCAACUGCUUCACCCCGACUAAUACGGUACGUUUUUGAAUUCAUACGGUAGUUCAUAAAAUGGCAAGAACUUUCUUUACAAAACAAAAAAAUGGCAAAAACUUUUUUUACAAAUCAAAAAAAGGCAAGAACUUUCUUUACAAAACAAAAAAUGGCAAGAACUUUCUUUACAAAACAAAAAAUUUCAAGAACUUUCUUUACAAAACAAAAAAUUGCUAUUUUAAUGUCCUAGCCCCUUUUCAGAUCUAACUUACAUUAAGUUUAACGUUUUAAAAGUUUUGUCGUUUUUUACUACUGAAUUGCAUUAUAAAAAACGACAAGACUUUUUAUAAGCCUUUUUAAAUAUGAUAUACUUAAGUCUAUUGUAACAAGUAUAAUCAGAAAGUAAUGAAAAAUGUAAUAGUGAAGUAAAACAAUCUUCAAAAAGUUUUGUCGUUUUUUACAACUGGCCUUUUAUAUAAAAAACGACAAGACUUUUUAAAGCCUCCAUUAAGCCAAAUAAAAGACUGCAACUAAAUCUACUGCAACAAAAAUGAUAAGAAUGCCAUAUUUAAUACAACCUCAUACCUAAACAUCUAAUUUUCAGCAAGUAUCAUUCCAAAUUGAUGAUCGAACCUUUAUCAGUAUUGAAAGUUAUGUCAAGGCCAUGCUGGCCAAAGAGCUCCGAAAUGAAACGGAAAACAUCGACAACGUCGUACUCAGCAAGUACUUACGAUCAAGACAGAUCAGUGAAAAAGCUUUGGAUUCUUGGCUUUGUCAACGAGGCUUCUUGCACUAUCAGGUAGGUAUGACAAUAUGACCAAGUACUUGCUAAUGCUAUUAUUAAUAGUGCUACUGAUGCAUUAUGACAUUGUUAAUGGUGUUAUUGAUGCACUAUGACAUUUUUUGUUGUUCUGUUGUUAUAUAUUAACCAUAUAUUCAUUUUGAAUUGAUAUAUAUUGUUAUUGGCAGAAAGGUAUACUAUAUGGUACUAAAUAGUACUUCAAAAAGAUAGUGCUAUUUAGUAUCAAGUAGUAUCAAAACAUUGUAAUUUAAGGUACUAAAUAGUACUAUAUAACAAUUAGUACUAUUUAGUACCAAUUAGUACUAAAAUAUUGUACUUGCGUUGCCAUGUGCCGUAUUGUGUUUUAAAAGCUUAUAAUUGGCUUUUAUUACUGUACAUUUUAAUCUUACCCUACUGUACUUGCCCUACCAUAACCUUAGCGUACUGUAACAACCAUUUACUGCCAAUAACACACUGUAGAAUCAAAUAGUAACAAACACACACCUUUAUAAUCAUAUAUUUCUACAUAUAAUACAAGAACAACAAUUUUACCCAAAACAUACAGUAACCCAUUUCAGCGUGCCAUACUGUACCGACUACAAGCCGACCCUUCGGCCCUACAGCAGCUACUCGAAACCGACCGUCGUGUCAUCAUCUACACCUUCAACCGUGACUGCCUGUUUGGCUCGGGCGUCGUGCGCAACACCCUCGAGGACUACUGGUCGGACUUGGCCAAGCUUCGCGUCUGCCUACGGUACCCGACCAGCUUCCCGCUGACGGCUACGGACUUGUGGAUCGUGCCGAAGCUAGUGAAUGGCUACAACUUGCUUGGGUCGUUCCUGAUGGCCGUGAGACAUCAGCUUCAACAGGGCCGUACGUUGGAGUCGUUGGACUUUGAGCUGCCGGAGUAUCAGGUCGAUUUUGGCGAGAAUCUGGUCGAAAACCGGGCGAUUCGCCGAAAAAUGUGUCAUGAUGACGAAGUUGAGAUCAAAAGAAGACGAAUGGACCAAAAUGCCAAUGUUUUGCGACCGGUCGGUCCAAACAGGCCCUUAAUGACAGCCGGCUGCAACGAAACUUCAACCGGCUGGCAGAAACAACCAGCCAGCCACCAACCCAACCGCCAACCGGCUGCCACUUACCCAGCCCGAGUCCGGCCGGAAAUCGAAACGGUCAGCCAGCUAGACUGCCCCUCAACUCUAGCCGGCUUCAGAAGCCAAGUCAACAAAACCCUCAGCAUCGACUGCAGCCUUUCGUCCUGGUCCAGCCAAUGCACUGGACUAGACAAACCAACUUUUGCCACUCCAGCUGACCGACCAACCUUUGUCAGUCCAGCCAAACAAAGCUUUGUUAGUCUGGUUUUGGAAAGCUCGGCUAAUCCACAGAAUUCGAAAUUGGUUAGUUCGAGAUGUCAGUCUGGACUAGCCACUUCAAAUCAGGCUAGCCAACUCUACCGUACUCCGACCAAGAGUCCAGAUGAAGAUCCAAUGUUGUCGUACCGCUCGACCACGCCCAACACAUUGUUAGGCGAGUUCCAUUUGAGAAGUGCGGCGGCUAGUCCAGUUCAGAGCAGCGUUGGAAAGGUAGGUUUUGAAAUUUUUAAGUUUAAAAAGUUUUAAAAUGCUUAAAAAUGACUUUUUUAAGCUUUUAUUGACAUUUUAAACCAAAUUUAACAUUUUUUGAUUUUCCAAUAAUUUUUGUGACACUUCGUCAAAUUUCCGAUAAUUUUUGUGGCAUUUCGUCAAAUUGUCAAAAACGUUUUUUAUGAUAAAAUACAACAUAAAAACGCUUAAAAAACAAUUUAAAAAAUUUUUUUACAGUUUAAAAAUGUCAAAAACCAAAUUUAAACUCAAUAUUGCCAUUUCAGGACGUGUUCAAAGCCCCAUUGCCACGAUAUGGCAGUAGCAUGAGUAGCAACUUUGCCCAAUACAGAAAGAGCAACUUGUUUGGAUCAAUCUCGGCCGCUAGCCAAGGCAAGAACGUUAAGGUUGUUGGUAGUUUUGGCGGUGUUCAGCCAUUCGUACCUAAACAGGAUUCUGGAGCUAAAACUGGUGCUUCUGAAGCUAAUUCUUGGACUUCUGAAGUUGUUGCUGUUCAAAAGGAUUCUGUAGCUCAAGCGAAGAAUGAUGGUGAAGCUAGAAAUGAUGUUAUGGAGGUUACGGGAGCUGAACAUGAUGCUACAAUGGCUAGGAUGACUAACUCGGCUUCUGAAUCUGCUACAGAACAACCAAGAGAAGAAACCAUGGAAACGGACGCUACUAAAGAUUCUGAAGCCAAUAGCUCCACUAAGACAACUUCUGAAGCCAAUAACAGUACUGUGACAUCUUCUGAAGCCAACACUGUAGCCACAUCUGAAGACAACUCUCAUACCGUGACAAAUUCAAAAGCCAACGCCACUUCAGAAGACACUUUAUCUAUUGAAACGAGGUCCGAAACCAGCACCGUGCUUCCAGAAAGCCGGUCCAGCUCACGGUCCAGCUUCAGAAACUGCUUCCGGGAUGGCAUUCGUCCGCCCAGCUACUACGCCAACAAUGGUACCAAAAACGGUUUGUCAGCUGGACUAGAUGGCGAAGUGGCUCGUCGUGAGGUCAUCAGCCCAUUUGACGAUGAUACUGAAGUUUCUUCACGACGCAAGCCUUUUGAAUCCUUGAAGCCAAAGGUCGCUAAAUUUAAGAAGCCAAGCCCUCCAAAGAGUACCAAGAGUACUACUUUGGCAACUACAGUAACAAAGCCUUCUGGAGGAUCAGUAUCAAGUGGUGUGGCCGUACCGACUACAGUAUCAAAACCAUCUACAGUAUCAAGUCCUUCUAAAGUGUCACGACCAGCUACAGUAAUUUUACCUGGUUCUAGAAUAGUACCAGCAAAAGUACUACCAUCAUCUACAGUAUCACAAGCAUCAAGAGUACCACAAACAUCUGCAGUACCACUAGCAUCCACAGUACCACCACUAACUACAGUAAAAUCAUCAUCUACAGUACCAUCAUCCCCAGUCCGAGCCAGUGUGACUACAGUACCAAGACAAGUACAGUAUAGUACCAUCGAUCCAAGCUCAGUACCAAGCUUAAAAUCCGUAACCGAACGUGAAAUGACUACAGAAUACCCAACUGAACUGGACCAAGCCGACGCCAUGACGGAUAUCAGUACGUCCGACGUUUUAGUACCACACAAAUACACUAGUACUGAACUCAUGGACCUGUUUAUGCUAAAGAGUUUGAAGGAGAUUGAAGAGGAAAAAAUGGCUCAAAAAGCCAAAAAUGGUACUGUAGCUUCAAUUACAGUACCUCGACUUACUCAAACUACUGCUACUGUGUCUCAGGGGGCUUCUACAGUACCUCAGACUACAGUCUCAAUGGAUUCUGCACCAUCUUCAACUCAAGCCAGAGAUAACACAGUACCAUCAUCAAGCAGUGGAGCUAGUACAGUACCACCAGCAAACACUAGUGAUGGUACAGUAUCAUCAACAAGCCCUCGUGCUCAUGCAGUACCAUCAACAAGCUUUAAUACUCUUACAGCACCAUCAUCAAGCACUAGUGCUCAUACAGUACCAUCACCAAACCCCAACACUACCACAGUACCACAGUCAUCCACCAGUACUAGUACAUCACCCCAACCUCAAACCAGUACUACUACAGUACCAACAGCCAAAACAGUACGACCCAAGAAGACGGUAACCAUCAUGAACAACAGAAUCGUCAAAAUUCAACCGGUCGGCCAACGAUCGCCAACCGAACAAGCCAAAGCCUUCUUCAAUGCCUACAACGGACCCACGGUACCAAUGGCUACAGAUGAACCAAUUGAAGACGACGACAACGUUUCAAUCGCUUCAAACAUCAAAAGAAGCAUGGAUGUGUUUGAUAUGGUAAGUAAAUUGAACUAAAACACUAUUUUGAGAUUUUUAAACAAAUCGAUAAUUUUUAUGACAUUUCGUCAAAUUUCCAAUAACCUUUGUGACACUUAGUCAAAUUGUAAAAAAAACAUUAUGACGGUUAAAAAUAACGUUAUACUACAUUUUACACUACUUUUAAAAUUUUCGAAAGCUUUUUUGACACUUCGUCAAAUUUCCAAUACUUUUUGUGACAUUUCGUCAAAUUUUAAUAAAAUUUAUAAAUUAAUUUAAAGUAACUUUAAGAUACAUUUUACACCACUUUUAAAAUUUCCUUUACCUUUUACGACACUUUUCUAACUUUCCAAUAACUUCUGUGACACUUCGUCAAAAUUCCAAUAAUUUUUGUGACAUUUCGUCAAAUCCUAAAAAACAUUAAAAUAAGGCUUAAAGUAACCUUUCUCAACUAAUGUGUACCCCUUUCCAGAUCGCCAAUGAUCCAGCCUUCUACCUUCCCGGCUCGCCGUCCGGAGCGUCGUACUGUUCCGAGGACCUGCUGAAUGGUGCCAGCGAUGGUUACUAUUCGAUUGAGGAAGAGAACGAACUCCUCAAAUGA